UCUGAGUGAUGGGCUUGGAAGAACUCUGUACAAAUGCAUACAACUGAAUCACUAGAUAGUUAACAGGGUCUAUCACAUCACUUCAGAAGUGGAAUGACAGACUAACAGCACUGCCAUGGAACCAAAACGUGUUUUGAAACCAGUGAACACCAACAGUAUGAAAUCGGGUGACAGACAGGAAACAAAAGCAACAUGUGAUUCAGGAAGAACGCCCUUGUCAAGUCAAACCAAAAAGUGGUCACUGGAAGAUUUUGACAUUGGAAGACCUCUAGGGAAAGGCAAAUUUGGCAGUGUUUACCUAGCUAGAGAGAAAACAUGUAAUUACAUUAUGGCUCUGAAAGUCUUGUUCAAAUCUCAACUACAGAAUGCUGGAAUAGAGCACCAGCUAAUAAGAGAGAUUGAGAUUCAGUCACGCUUAAGGCAUCCUAAUAUUCUGCGACUUUUUGGUUACUUCCAUGACAAAACCAGAGUUUACCUCAUGUUGGAGUAUGCGCCCCGAGGUGAGAUGUACAAGGAACUACAGAAAUGCACAAGAUUUGAUGAAAAGAGGACAUCAAAUUACAUCUAUCAAUUGGUGAAUGCGUUAAUUUAUUGUCACAGUCGUAGUGUCAUUCACAGAGACAUUAAACCUGAAAACUUACUGCUUGGAUUGAUGGGCGAUCUUAAGAUUGCUGACUUUGGCUGGUCUGUUCAUGCCCCUUCAUCAAGUUACUGCGUCACGAUCCCAAGAAACGUCUUCCUCUGUCACAGGUGCUUGAGCAUCCAUGGAUCCAACAGCACAUUUCUGCAUCACAGCGUCAACCCACACCGGGCAGCAGCAACACAUGAAAAUUACAUCAAAUAUCCAACAAUGUGCUCCAGUGCGGUCAUUAAACAAUUUUUUUUUUUGACAUUUGACUUUAUGAUUCUUGUUUAAGUAACGUUUGGGUCAAGUAAUCCCAACUUGGGGAGGGGUGGAGGUGUGUAUGUAUAUGUAUAUAUAUAUGAACGCAUGAAUUAUCAUAAGAUCUAAUUCUAGUAUAAACGGUUCUCGUUUUCUCUGUAUAUUUAGUUGUAAAUAUUUAAUGUAUAAGCAGUUCUUUGUGGGGUGUGGCUUCAUGACAUCAGCGAUUUCAUCAUGCUACAAUCAAAGAUUUCAUAAUUAACAUGUCUUUUAAGUAAUCAACAUCUUCAAAUACACAUUUGGACAAAAUAUUGUAAUGAUCAUUAUGUCGGAUCUUAAAAUAAUAACUGGAAUGUACAUUGUAAGAGUGACGUCAUCAGUCAGUUCUUAAAAUAAGUGUGCACACCCUUCUGGAGGCGGGGCCUAGUGACAUCAGUGAUUUCAUCAUCUUGAGUCAUCCUCUACUGCAGUUUGGUGGCCAUCUUGGAUGAUGCAAUAGUGUAAUCGAUAUCCCCUAUAUUACUACUAUGAGCUUGGCAAAUGGUUUUUGACACUGCGGUUAUUUGGGGGUUAACGGGUAUCGUGGUAGGCCAUCGGUCUACAGGCUGGUAGGUACUGGGUUCGGAUCCCAGUCGAGACAUGGAAUUUUUAAUCCCGAUACUGACUCCA